AUGACCGAUAACGACCAUUUCUCCCGCACGUCUUCCCGCACGUCUACGACGGAUAGUGAUACUGAAUCUCGAAGCGAACAAAAUGGUUCCGGCCGCCAUGAACUCGACAACGCAGCGCUGGAAAAGCAGACCACUGCGGCCUCGGGGCUGUCAGUACUCGAGCAGCGCGCACAGUCAGUGAUAUCGAGAAUCCGAAGUCGAGAACCCGGGCAAACUGCUCGUUUCACGCACCCUUUGUCGCAUAGCAAAACGACAGAAGAUGUCAUUGUGGAUUUCGACGGGCCUGAUGACCCCUACAGGCCAUUGAACUGGGGAUUUAGGAAGAAGGCUGUUACCACCGUGCUAUACGGUCUGACAACAAUGGGUGCGACUUGGGCAAGUUCAAUUUAUUCCACCGGCACCGUUCAAGUUUCCAAACAAUUCGGCGUUGGAGAGGAAGUUAGCACCCUUGGAACAACAUUACUACUAUUUGGGUUCGGACUUGGUCCGCUUGUAUUUGCCCCUCUCUCCGAAGUAUACGGGCGUAAAUCUGCCGUUCUCAUACCCUACUUCAUCGCCGCUAUAUUCUCGUUCGGCACUGCAACCGCCAAAGAUCUGCAGACCGUCAUGAUUACUCGCUUUUUCACGGGAUUCUUCGGCUCGGCUCCCGUCACCAACACCGGCGGCGUUUUGGGCGAUAUCUGGUCCGCGGAGCAGCGGGGUGCAGCUAUUGUUGGGUAUGCCAUGGCCGUUGUCGGUGGUCCUGUGCUCGGGCCAAUCGUCGGCGGUGCUAUCGUCCAGAGCUAUCUUGGAUGGAGAUGGACGCAAUAUAUCACCGGCAUCAUGAUGAUGUUCUUCCUCGCCCUGGACGUGAUCUUCCUCGACGAAAGCUACGCACCCGUCCUUCUCGUCUACAAAGCCCGCCGGCUCCGAUACGAGAGCGGCAACUGGGCUUUACAUGCGCGGCAUGAAGAAUGGGACGUGACCCUCAAGGAACUAGGCAACAAAUACCUCGUUCGGCCCUUCCAACUGCUAGCCACCCCGAUUUGCUUCCUGGUCGCGCUCUACGCAUCCUUCGUCUACGGAAUCCUCUACCUGAGUCUCGCAUCGUUCCCCGUCGAAUUCCAGGAAGUCCGCGGCUGGAACCCCGUGGUCGGCGCCCUCCCCUUCCUCUCCUACCUCAUUGGCAUUCUCUUUGGUGCAGCCCUCAAUCUCUUCAACCAGCGGUUCUACAUCGAGCGCUUCAGAGCCAACAACAACUUCCCCGUCCCCGAGGCCCGUCUCCCUCCGAUGAUGGUCGGAUCCGUCUUCUUCGCCGCCGGCCUGUUCAUCUUCGGCUGGACAGGCGCAAAGAACAUCCACUGGAUCGGCCCCAACGCCGGCGCCGUCUCCAUGGGCUUCGGCUUCUUCACCAUCUUCCAGGCCGCCCUGAACUACCUCAUCGAUACCUUCCAGCAGUACGCCGCCAGCGCCGUCGCAGCAAACACUUUCCUCCGCAGCCUGUUCGCCGGCUGCUUCCCGCUCUUCGCGAGCAUCAUGUUCCGCAAGAUGGGCGUCAACUGGGCGGCCAGCACGCUAGGUUUCGUGGCUGUCGCGCUGAUCCCCAUCCCGUACCUGUUCUACAUCUACGGACCGCGGAUCAGGGCACGCGGGAAGUGGUCUCAAGCUUCGGUUUACGGCCAUGCUCAUGGCCAGUAG